GAGCAGGAGGAGACGCCCACAGGCCCGAGACCCGCUCCCGAGACAGGAAAAUUUCACGCAGAAAAAAGGAACAACAAAGGCGGCAAACAAGCUGUCGUCCUCCCCCCUCCCAUCCCCCUUUCCCCCCCGAAAAAUAAAUAAAUAAAUAUACCCCCCCACCCCCAAAAAAAAAACAACAACGUAGGACGAAGGUCGCCGCUUUUUAAAGAGAGUUGUUGCUGAGUCCACAGUCCCAGUGCAGGGAGGACAGGACCCUGCAGCGCCCCCUAGAGCUGGGAGGACAGGACUCUGCAGCACCCCCUAGAGCUGGGAGGUUGAAUCUUCAGCUCGAAGCCCGGCUUGCCAGCGCAGCAACUUGACAAACCCACAAAAACAACAACAAACAAAAACUACAAAUACCAGCACGCCCCACCCCCCACCAAAGCGCUACAAGGAAAGCAAAGGGAGAAAACUACAAUUCCCAGCAUCCUCCCACUUCCCUUAAGUUUUACAAGAAAAUCGAAGCUUGCUUGUGGUGGUGGUGGUGGUGGAGUGGAGUGGAGUGGAUUGGAGGGGGAAACUACGAGAGAGGAACCCGACGAUAGAAAAAAAUAUAAUAAUCAAAUAAAACGAUACGUAUCUUUUUUUUUUUUUUUAAUAAAAAAUGGCCACUGAAUGCGGGGCAUUUUUUCCCUCGUCGCGGUCGGAGGAAGCCGACCCCGUUAUGAGCGCCUCUUCUGUCAAGUCGGAACGCGGCUACCACUGCCAGCUGUGCGGCUACGAGACGCUGGACCUAUCCCGCUUCAGCGAGCACCUGCACAGGACGCAUCCUGUUUUUAACUUCAAAAUACUGCCCACUUGCACCGGCAGGACCCCCGACAUGGAGCCCUGCAACGGAGAAACCUUUCCCCCCUGGCCCGGGAGGGAAACAGAAGGGGGCGCUAAAGACUGCGACACAGGGAAAAGAGGGUCGUCGUCGUCGACGCCUCAGGAAGUCGCUCAGGGAAAAGCUACGACUCCGAAGCCGGGCUGCAGGAACCCGUCGUCUACGGUCAACUUCAGCCCCAACAGAAACUCGGUGGUCUGCCUGCCCCUGGUCUCAGAGGGGCUGAAGCUGGUGUGGACCCAGUCUGACCAGACCAGCGCGCUGGAUUCGGACGAAAGGCUGGUCGAGGCGUUCAGCCGCUUCCCUUACCCGUCGGCCGCGGAGAUCGGGCAGCUGUGCCGGGACUCGGGUCUGCCCCUGGACAAGGUGAAGGUCUGGCUGAUGGUUCAGAGGAUCCGGUAUGGGAUCAGCUGGUCUUCCGAAGAGAUUGAGGAGACGAGGCUGAAGCUGGGGCAGGGGAGGGGCAGGGAGGGGGAGUGGGGGGAGGAGGAGGAGGAGGAGGAGGGGGGAGGAGGAGGUGGUAUCGAUUUAGAGGAGGAAGAGAGAGGCGACCGCGGGAUAAACGGCUCGAAACUCGACCCUCUCGGCGGCUUUACGAACGGAGUGGCGACACACUCUUCCUCCUCUGCUCUCCCGGGCAGCGGGAGCUACAAGAAACCCGAAGCCCAUCUGGUGGGGCAGCGAUUAAAUAACUUCUCCUCCUCCUCCUCCUCUUCCUCUUCCUCCCAGGCAUCUGGAGGGAACCCCAGUCUCAGCACCCCCGAUCCCAGCCGCUCCUCCUUGGAGUCCUUCCUGGACCGCAGCCUCGAGGCGGUGGCGCACAGAUUCAGGAAUUCCGGGAAGGUGGGAGACCGCAGGGAGGAAGGGGGGGGUAGGAGAAAGACUUGUUGCCGAGGGAAACCAGACAGCGGGGCGACGCUACGGACCCCGCCCCACCACCGCAACGGUGGAGCACAGGCUAACCCCAAGAAGAGCAAGCCCACCCCCUUCUCCUCUAGCACCUCCCCCCUGGGCCCCUCCCUUCUCACACCCAACGGCCGACUGCGGAAGACCAAAGAACAACUGUCCAUUCUCAAGGCCUUUUUUCUGCGCUGCCAGUGGCCCCAGAACUCGGACUACGCCCGUUUGACGGAGGAGAGCGGGCUGCCGCGGUCGGACAUUAUCCAGUGGUUCGGAGACACGCGCUACGCGGUCAAGAACGAUCACCUGAGGUGGGUCAAGAGGUCGGACAUAGCUUCCGAUAUCCUGCAGAAGCAGCAACAGACCGCUCCCCACCUCCCAGCUUCCCCCAGCAACAGCAGGGCGAAGAGGAAGAGGGAGAGGGAGUCAGGAGCCUGGCACGGAGGCAGGGACGAGGGGUCGGCCCCGGGUUCGAACAGCGGCGUCGACAUGCGCCCCCUGGAGAGGUAUUUCGGGAGCACAGGGUUCCUGCAGGAGCGGGAUUUGGAAGCGUUGUGUAGGGAGACGAGGAUGACGUCCCAGCAAGUGAGGGAGUGGUUUGUGUGCCGGCAGGAGGGCAUGGCGGAGGUGGAAGUGGAUAUUAGUGACGGGGAGGGGUGAGAGAGAGAGAGAGAGAGAGAGGGACAUUUUAUACAGAGCUGCGGUAUCUAUGUAUAUAGGUAUGAACUUUGUUUUGUUUUUUGGUUAGAUGGGAGAACUCAGAAAUAAUGGUCAUAAGUGAUGAUAAUGAUUAUUAUUAUUAUUAUUAUUAUUAUUAUUAUAUUAAGCUCAAAGGGAGAGGGGUUAGGGUAUGGGGGUACUAGCGACAGUUUUAAAGGGUCUUUUUAAUCCUCUUUAAAUCUGCACAAGCAACACAGUGCCCCCCCCCCCCCCCCCCCCCCCCCCCCCCCCGUCUGAGGCACUGGGGUCAUUAUUAUUAUUAUUAUUAUUAUUAUUAUUAUUAUUAUUAUGAUUAUGACAAUUACAGCGGAAUCAUUUCCUGAAAUUCCAAUUCUGCUUUAUUCAAUUUUUAAUUAGUUCCAAUUAUGCUGCAGUGAUCCCAAUUAUAAUUACAGUGACGCUAAAACGUAACAUAAACAGCCGCGCGCAUCAUUUCCUCUGAAUAACCGGCACUAAUAAUCACAGGUACAAACACACAGACACACUGGAGCACUUUUUUAAAGGGUUUUGUUUUUGUUUUUUUUAAAACAAAUAAUGGGGGAAGUUACCAGAAGUGAUUGAAAAUACGAGAAUAAAGAUCUGAAAUGACAAAUAAAUGUGUAGCUGAACUGGAAUCGAUCAAUUACAUAGAUGGGGAUAAUUUACAAUAAAUUACAAAUUUUCACCAUUACAAUUGGAAUUCACCUCGGGUCUGAAAGCCAUAUUAAAAAAUAAAAAAAUAAAAAAACCACCUAAUUUACCUAUUUUCUUUUACUUCCUGGUGUUUUAUCACUUCCUGUGCAGUAAGUAGGUCGCCUGACCCGAUUUUGCCACCAGCGAAAGAGCUACGGCACAGGAAGUGAUGUCAUACCAGGAAGCGGGGAACUUUUUUACCAGUAGAUUCUACAGCCCUGGCUUAGCCCGCCCUCUUAAAUUUAAAUUGCUUGAGAUUUGAGAAGAGAUGCCUUCACUUAUUUUGCUUAAGCGAACAAUGACAGUUGACUUUUGUAGAAUUAUUAUUAUUAUUAUUAUUAUUAUUAUUAUUAUUUUUAAUAAUAAUAAUAAUAAUAAUAAUAAUAAUGUUGUUAUUAUUUUAGGUACAUUUUUUUUUGUAAUUAUGACCAAGAGUUUGGGGUUACAAGUUGAUUUGAUGAGACCAGACUGUUCUCAAUAAAUCUUGUGUUUUUAAAGAUA